UGGAUUGCACUUCUGUAAUAUGAAGUCACACUUCCAUUUUCUUUCCUGAAAGGAAACCGGAAUAAAGCAGCACAACUGAUGAGCAUUCUGACACAUCACAACCCUGAACCUCAGCCGUAACUGCCACUCCCAGAAGCUUCCAGGCCAGGACCUACUUCCUCCCGAGAGCUCACAGCAAAGUGGCAGAGCCAGAUGUGCCCUUGGAGCUGCGUGCUCAGGAGAACAAGGGCGUCUUCUCUUACAUCGGCUUAACUCCAGGAGCUGGUCAGAGGAGGGCUCAGCAAGAGUUUGCCAUGUGACUGCCAUUAAAGAGGAAAGUAUAUCCUGUCUAGCUGUCCUUUUCUUUCUGUGAAGCAUGGCCAAACUGUCCUUAAAUACAAUAGGUCACCAGGACCCCACCCAGCAUGCUUGAAUGCCUUAUACUUUGCAUAGACAAGGUCAAACAUACCUAUAUUACAGAAAAGAAAAUGAAAAUUCAGAGAGGGCAGGUGGCAUGCCCCACACACAGAGCCUGGGAGAAAUGCAGCUGGGGCCAGAACCCCUGGUCCUUGUCUCCAUCCUGGCUUGACCAGAAUAGCUGCAUUCAUGGCCCGUGCUUGGCUCUGUUUGGUUGGAGGUGGUCCAGGGUCCCUGAGGUGGGCAAGUGUGUCUGGGCUCAGGGAGCCAGAAGGAUAUCUGUGUUCCAUCCUUCCCAGGCUCCCAUUCAUGAAAAGACCCCUCACGGUCCUGCGGGUGAGCCUGCACCACCCCACCCACGGGCCCGCUGUCUUCGCUACAGUCCCACAGAGGCUGCAGCGUGACACCAGCCCACUUCUGGUGGGGCGGGGCCUGGACACCCAUCUUCAGCUGCACCUGUCCCGCCAACACCUGUCCCUGGAGCCCUACCGGGAGAAGGGCAGUGCUCUGCUGGCCUUCAACCUCAAGGCCCUGAGUCGCAGGGGUUGCGUGUGGGUCAACGGGCUGAUGCUGAGGUUCCUAGAACAGGUUCUCCUGAGCGACGUCAAUAGAGUCACCUUCGUAGGCAUCCAGAUGGUGGUCCAUGUAGAGAGAGGCACCUCCCUGGAGGCCUUGGUCUGCUGCUUCCAUGUGAGCCCCUCACCCCUGAUUUACAGGCCCCAGGCUGAGGAGACUGAUGAAUGGGAAAUCAUCCCUGAGGAGCCACCUGCCCCACGUUCAGAGCAACUGGCUCCAGGUCACCUGGGCUUUCUUCAUGGCCCUUCCCAGACUGGGGACAGCUCACCCCAGCCAAGCGCUGGAGGAGGAACAGAAAUACAGCUCCACAGGGAGCCCGCAGACGGCGCGCUCUGCUAGCCCUGCCGCCCAAAGCACGCCUUGGCUGAAACAGGACUUGAAAUAUUCGAGCUACAUCAUACGACCUUGACAAGCAAAGCCUGCCUGGCUAAUAAUGAACCGAUUCUGCAAACACGAACAGCCUGGGGUGGGGGGAGCGCGCUCCACGUUUCCAGCUCUGCAAGGCAACAGGAACUUCAUAUACUUUUAGAGGCCCUGAGGGGCUCUGGGAGCCCCUCUCAGUAUUUCCCCACAUUUCACGGUCUUGUCUGACUAGGAGUUACUUUAUGUUGCUAAUUUUGUGCACUGCUUAAGAGCGGGAGUUUGAGGUUGCGGCAGGAAUGCAUGGACACAUGUAACAAUUACGUUUGUGGUAGCUGGGGGUUACCUUCGGCUUUCAAAUACCCACAGGCACUUGGGGCUUAGGGAAGCCUGUGUUUAAUAAACUGCAAGUAUUUCAUUAAGCUGGCAUAACCAAUAGGAUCCCCUGAUCCCCAGAUGGGCUGCAUGCAUGCCACGUUGUCACGCAGAGGCAGGGGCGGGAACUGGAGAAGAGGUGUAAGAGGAAAUUGGAAAGGUAGGGGCUCACAUUUCUGGAAAGGAUGAAAGCAGAGCUCAGGGCUUCCUGGGCAUGGGGAGCUGGGGCCUGUCACCGUCCUCCUCAUCCUCAUGCUCCCCCACUCUUGGUCAUUUCUGGAUCAAAGCCUUGGCUGACCAGAGGGCAUGGGUCCUCAGGAAAAGGUGGCUUCCCAGAGAACUGGGCUCUUUCAGGAUUAAGUGUAUGAGAGAGUGGGGUGGGAGGUUGUGUUAGAAUUCAACCCAGAGUGCAUCAUAUACCACUGGGGCGGGGUGGUCUUUUCAAAUAAGGGACCAGUAGGAGGCCGGGCAGGCCACAGGUGGCAUAGUUUUCUCAGUGAGCAGAGGAGUGGAGCAGAAGUGUCUGUGAGUGAGACACUGCACCCCCCUGAGCCCCUCAUCAAGAGGGACACGAGAGGCACAAAGAAGCACCGUGAGGACGUGAUGGUGGAUGCCUCAGAGAGCACCACCAUCUUGGCCUGGAGCAAGGAAGGCCAUGGCUGAGCACAGGCAGCCCCACACAGGACACUGGCAUACUGUCUGUUCCCACUAGACCUCAAGCUCCAUGCACACAGAACCACAGAUUGUUCACUAUUGUGUUCCCAGUGGCCAUCACGGAGCUGGGCAGAGGAUGGGCAGACAGACAGGCACGGAGGUCAGGGAAGUAGUGAACUUGGUUGUGCUAAGGCACAUGCCAGGUUUCCCAGGGUAGGAUGAGAUGCAGUCUGGACAGCUGGGGCAAGAAGGCCACAAAGCUAUGGGCAGACAGUGGGCAGAGGCAAAUGUCUCGUGCUUGUGCUGGGCCUCAGUGGGGGCAGCCCAGACCCUCAGGCUGGGUCUGAACAAGAUCAGUGCUUCUGCCUCAUUCUUGAGCCUCUGCAGCCCAAACUCAAUCAAAACUCGGGGUGUUUGGAAUUCUGUGUGAUGACUACUGAGGAAGGUUGACAUAUUUGACAGUGCCCCAUGUCACCAAGAGACAGCUCUCAGCUAGUACUUCCUGCCCCAAACAGAGGCACAGAGAGGACAGGCACCUUAGGGAGACCUGGGAGGGGCUGCAGGCGGAAGCUCUCAGGAUGGCUGGACUGAGCCUUGGCCUGCAGCCCACCAAGCUUCCACAGGAUCUGGUUCGACUCACUCUCCCAGCCCUCACCUCCACCCCAGUACAUGGAAACCAGCCUAUGCAGAACUCCUUGCCCCAAACACACACCAGGAAUAUCCUCCCUGUACCAACUCCCCACCCACACAGACCAGAGCUGUGUCUUUAAGAGAUUCCCUGUGGCUGUAGGAAGUUAAAAUGUCGCUGGAGGCAUCUGCAUUUUCAAAGAAAGGAUUGGAGAGGGUAAUGCCGGCCCUGAAGGAGUGAGUUUCCUUGUAGAAAGAGUGGCACUAAAGUUUCCACA